CAGGAGGUGAUGGGGAUCCCCUCAUUCCUAGCCCUCCCUGCUGCCAGGAGUGACCGAGCUGCCUGCACAUCCUGCCAUCCUUUGGGCCACAUGCUACUGUGGACGGCUCUGCUAUUCCUCGCUCCUGUUGCUGGGAAACCUGCAGGUCUCCCGAAGGCUGUGGUGAGCAUUCAGCCUGUGUGGAUCAAUGUGCUCAAGGAGGAUUACGUGACGCUGAUGUGUCAGGGGACCAACUUGUAUGAAGGCAACCUCACCCUGUGGUUCCAUAAUGGGAGCUUCAUCCAGAGGCAGAACCAGCCCAGCUAUAGCUUUAGGGCCCGCAGCAAUGACAGCGGAGACUACAGGUGUCAGAGAGAGCAGACCAGCCUCAGCGACCCUGUGCAUCUGGAUGUGAUUUCCGACUGGCUGCUGCUCCAGACCCCUAGCCUCGUGUUCCAGGACGGGGAGCCCAUCAUGCUGAGGUGCCACAGCUGGAAAAACAGCCCUCUGUAUAAGGUCAUAUUCUUCCAGAAUGGAAAAUCCAAGACAUUUUCCCAUCUGCAUUCCAUCUUCUCUAUUCCACAAGCAAACCUCAGUCACAGUGGCGAGUACCACUGCACGGGGUAUAUCGGGCAGACAGUGCACUCAUCACAGCCUGUGACCAUCACUGUCCAAGGGUCCAGCUUGAGCAACUCCUUGUCGGUGACGAUAGCGGUGGCUGUAGUCGCUUGGAUUGCUGCAAUGGCUAUUGCUGGUGCCAUACUAGCCUGGUUCUGCCUCAGGCGAAAGAAGGUUUCAGCUCUCCCAGGAGCCCUUGAGCGCAGGGAAAUGGGAGAGACCCUCCCUGAGGAACCAGCCAAUCUCACUGAUGCUGAAGAGGCCGCCAAAAUGGAGGCUGAGAAUACAGUCACCUAUUCACUUCUCUCGUAUCCGGAAGUUGCAGAGGAAGAAACAGAGUCGUCGGAUUACCAGAACCACAUUUAG